AUGUCCAACGACAUAUUCAACGGUCACUAUGAUAUCCAACAAUCAGAUCUCUACAUAACACAGGCUGCAACCGGUAGGACUGCGAAAUUCCAGUUUCCGUACCUGCAAAAUAAUAACGAUUCCGUUACUGUCCGCGAAACUGGUGUCCCGAAGAAAAUACGUCUAAUGAAUCAGCAUACUGACGGUAGUACCGAAGAACUCGUCUGCAGAAUGCAAGGUAUCCUCGCCGAACGCAACCUUUUACCGCUUAUAAACGAGCCUUACGGAAACAGGUACAACCUCAGGCAGUCAGUUGUUCUCACCGGUUUCAACAGCCAGGAAUUCGAGCGCUUCCUCGACACGCGCGCCACCAUCUACAACAUCUUCAAGCGUUAUCUUCCUCCCGACUCCAUAUUUCCUCUCAGCCAAUCUAUCAUCCACAUCAACGAUGCAACAUACUCGGCUUUGCAUCUCUCCAACGCCAUUUUCACCAAACCGAACGCCGACGGUGUCGAUGCGACCACUCGCGAACUCCCUAUCUCAAACGAACUCGACCCAUCCAAAAUCCUUCAAAGGCUGAAAGGCAACGCCCUGCACUUGGACGACAACUCUAUCGAAAUAUUCCACCUCGACCACAUUGCCAGGAAAAUCGUUCCUGCCCCCCCAGGCACUGUAAAUGUCGGUGAUUUGGUCGAAGCGGAGAUCUGUUUCUAUGCCACAAAGUCACGAAAUAACAGAUACAGAGUCGAGUUCGGAUUAAGAACCAUUACCGUGUUGAACACCACCUUUCAAGAAAACGCUUUCAUUCACAAGUCAAAAUCGGAACGUCAAUCUGGCAUAGCCCCAACCGUAAUGGCAGCCCGUUCCAAGCGCAGGAAGAUCGACGACGACGUCGACGGGUAUAUGCUGUCCGACAUCCCGAUGGACAUAGCGCAUCGCACAUCAUCGUCGUAG